CACAAACCAUUGCUGCUUUCGUUUUGAAAUUUGUUUAAAAUAGUAACAGUAUUAAUAAAAUCGAACACAAUGGGUGCAAGUGUCGAGUAUGACGAUCAUGAUUCGUUUAAGAGACCAGGAGCAGUUCCUUUCAAAUGGGAGGUAAAGCCCGGCCUUCCCAUUGUGCAGCAAAAGCACCAACACCAGAAGCUGGAUUCGCCGUCAAUGAAGCUGAGGCCGCCGCCGCCGGCGGGCUCCUACCUCCUUUCUUCGGAGGAGCCGCGGACACGCUCCUUCCGGUCCACUGCGAGGGGCCGGUCCGACCGGUGGCGGUUCGAGCGGCCCCUCCUCUCCCGAGCCGAGAGCGUGUCGUCGGGCUGUUUCUUUUCGCCGUUUUUGAGGCGGCUGCAGCGGAGGAAGAUGGUUCAGAAGCGAGUGGUUGAAGAGGACUAUACGUCGGAGCUAGAGACCAUUGGUCGGUGGUCCUUGUCGUCGACGAAAUCGCUCUCGCCGUUCCGGGCUUCCACGGCGUCGUCUUCUGUAGCGUCAUCGCCCAGGCCCAUUAGCGAUGCUGAAUGGGCCGGAUUUGGGCUUUUCUGAAAGAGUAAUACUGGGCUAUUUUUGGACUUUAGCUUUUUUUGGGGUGGGCUUUCGUGUGCGUAACGGAAUUGAAGAGGUUUUUUUUGCUCAGACUGAAAGAUAGUUACGCCAUGUCAUGUAAAUAUAAAUAUAAGUUAUAAAUAAAUAUUAAAAAGAUCAUACGAAUGA